ACAGCGAGUACAGAACAAAGGUUGGGUCUCGCCCCAAAGCUUACAGCGAGGCAGGGAGGAGCAGAGCGAAGCUGUGCCUUCAUACAACACUCCAUCAUGGCCGGGGACAAACAUGUGAAGACGCGGAGGGAGGUGGGCUCCCAAUCUGAAUUUAAACAACUGGUGAACUCGGAAGAGGAGGAGGAGGAUACAUUUUUCGACAAGGACUUCCAUACCUCAGACCCAUCAUGCAGCGCUCUCACGUACAAGACUAUGGCGGCCAUGUGCGGUGGCGUCGUGGUACUGUCCUUGGUGGUGGCCGGUUUGUCGUAUCUAUCUGGAAAUUCAGCAUGCACCUUAGUCGAUGUGGCUACGUCAUGCGGCAAAGUACGUGGUGCGCACUGUGACAAUAUUUAUAUGUUUAAAGGGAUGCCAUACGCGAGUCCCCCCAGUGGAUCGUUACGGUGGAGACCCCCGGAGGAGCCGACCUGCUGGACGAACACGCUGGACGCUACGAAGUUCAAAUCCAUGUGCGCUCAGGCGCGGCCUGUGAGCGAAACGGGUGAAGUGAUGGGAUCAGAAGAUUGCCUCUAUGUCAAUGUGUGGACUCCCUCGCUGGAUCAUGAUGCAAACCUGCCCGUUAUGGUCUGGAUCCAUGGUGGAUAUCUUCUCAUCUUUAGUGGAUCAGAACCUGGGUAUUGUCCUAGUGAGGAACUAGCCAGGCACAGUCACAUGGUCCACGUCAGCUUCAACUACCGUCUGAACGCAUUUGGAUUCAUGGCUUUGCCGCAGCUGAGAGAUGGAUCCCCCACCAAUACCUCCGGUAACUAUGGCUUUAUGGAUCAGAUCGCUGCUCUAAAAUGGGUGCAGAAGAACAUCAGAUCUUUUGGUGGAGAUCCAAACAAAGUGACCAUCUAUGGUCAGAGCUCAGGUGGCACCUCUGUGUGGGCUAUGAUGGUCUCACCCCUGGCCAAGGGUCUGUUUCAUCGCGCCAUAGGCAUAAGUGGAUCAUCCGUAUUUAAAGCCACUAUGGAAGAGGCAGAGAAGGACAACCUCAUAUUCCUGAAGAACACCGGCUGCCAGGAUGCCGAGUGCUUGAGGAAUCUCAGCAUAGCUAAAAUCCUUCAGUCUAUCCCUUGGUUCGGAUACCCAGACUGGGCUGCAGAAGACCUGUGUGACCUACCGCAGAAAGGAAAAUUUAUUGGUCCACUCCCUGUGGUGGAUGGAUACGUGGUGCCAGCCCCUCCACUAGAGAUAUGGAAGAAGAAGCUACAGGGUUACAGCGAUGUGCCGUAUGUGAUUGGUACCACCCUUCAAGAAACCGAAUAUGCUCCUUAUUAUGGCAAUGUCUCAAAGUGGUCUGAAGAAGAUUACCGGGGUCACGUGAAUUCACGUCUCAAGACAUUUGGAGGAAAUCUGUCAGCUGAAGCCCUGGCUCUGUAUCCCACCUCUGAGUUCUGCUCCCACCCUGAACGAUGCGUGGAGAAGACUUACAUGACUAUGGUGUCAGACCUCAGAGCUUCAUGUCCUAACAACGUCCUUGCCCAUCAAGCUGCAGAGGCUCUGAAGAGUCCAGUCUACCGCUAUCAGGUCAUCUAUACUCCUUCCCGUCCAACUAAAAUCAACAACCUCUUCUUCUACGAGAGCUGGUUCUCCUUCCACAUACUGGAUAUACUGGGAUUUUUUGGAACAAUGGACUAUGCUAUGGGAGAGACUUCAGAAGAGGACCAUGCAUUUCAGAGAUUGGUGCGGAAAUACUACAUACACUUUGCCAAAGAAGGUACCAUGCCAUCUGAGUGGCCUGAAUAUCCGGAUGGGACCGCACUGUUCUCCACGUCCCUGAGCGUAGAGAAGGAUUAUCGCUCUGCUCAGUGUGCGCUGUGGGAGAAGAAUGAUAUGUUCCAGUACGCCUGGAUGAACUGAUCAGCUAAGGUUCUCCACUCAAAUGUACGCUCGUGGCCAAAAGUUUGGAGACAGACACGGAUAUUUGUUUUCACAAAGUUUGAUGGUUUAGUUUUUAACGGCGGCAACUUGCAUUAACUCUUGAUGGUUAUGAAGAGUGAUCAGAUGAAUUGCAAUUAAUUGUAGUCAUUCCGGGCCAGGAAAAUUAAUCACAAAACUCCAAUUUCUAUAGCAUUUCGGUCCUGCCACAAAAUGUCCUGCUAACAUCAUGUCAGUGAUCUUCUCCUUAGCUCAGGAGAAAGCGUUAACAAGGACAAGGCAGCCGAUAUCCCUCUGUCCUGCUGAUCGAAUUGGAAGAGCAGACUGGUUGCUAUAAGAAAGAAAAAAAGGGGGGGGGGGGGGGAGAGAUUGAGUUGUGCUUGAAAUAAUUGUCUUCUGUUACGCUGGAUUCACGUCACAUUUUUGUCCUAUGUUUAACGUAUACCAUUUGGCCCAGAAUCCAGCAGGCCGGGGCGAACGGCAGAAGUCCUGAACAGAAGGGUCAACAACGGAAACAUUGAGUUUUUGCAUAAACUUGAUGGAUUUGUCAAGAAAAGUUAAACUUAUGAAACGCUUAUAAUUGCACUUCAGUAUACCAUAGAAACAUCUGACAAAAACACUGAAGAAGCAAACUUUGUGGAAACCCAAAUUUGUGUCAGUCUAAAAACUUUUGGCCAUGACUGUGUUUCUGAAUAA